AAAAAAAAAAGAGUGAGUGUCAUUCAAAGAACAGAAAAAUUCGAUUAAGGAUCAAAAUUAAGUGUGAGACGUCCAAAAACGUGUAAAAUCGUUAACGCGGAUACCAAUCUAUGGAAGUGCGUCAGAAAAGGAAUAGAAAAUAGUGAAUUCAUGGAAUUUUAGAAGAUUUUUCCAGAUCCAUUUCUUUCUUUUUUCAUUUUAUAAAAAAAAGAGUGACGAAGAGGGAGAUAGAAAAAAAAGUGCAAGAGAAAAUAUAUAAUAAGAAAGAAUAUAUAUAUAUAAUUCCAAGAAAGGGCAAUACAAAGAAGAAGAAGAAGAAAAAUAAAAAAAAUUAAUUUGUUGAAAUUUCAAAAAUAAAAAAAAAAUAGAAAUUGUGAAGAAAAAUCAAGUUUAGUGAAAAUAGUGCGAUAAAUAAAAGAAUCCACAAUGUCGUUAAUGUCAGAUACCAUGAUCGCGAAUAAAUAUCGCGUUAUAAGAAAGAUUGGAAGUGGAUCGUUUGGCGAUAUCUUCUUAGGGAUUAAUAUAACAAAUGGCGAGGAAGUAGCAUUAAAAGUCGAAAGUGCUAUGGCCCGUCAUCCACAAUUGCUGUAUGAGUACAAAUUAUACAAAGUACUGAACGGAGGAGUCGGAAUUCCUCACAUUAGAUGCUUUACACAGGAACGCAGCUACAAUAUACUUGUUAUGGAUUUGCUCGGUCCAUCAUUAGAAGAUUUAUUCAAUUUCUGUAGUCGUCAUUUCACAAUUAAAACAGUUCUCAUGCUUGUUGAUCAGAUGAUUGGUCGCUUAGAAUAUUUACACGUAAAAAAUUUCAUUCAUCGCGAUAUCAAACCAGAUAACUUUCUUAUGGGAAUCGGACGACACUGCAAUAAGCUAUUCAUUAUUGACUUCGGUCUUGCAAAGAAAUACCGUGAUUUCCGCACUCGCACACACAUUGUUUAUCGCGAGGACAAAAAUCUUACUGGAACAGCUCGAUACGCUUCUAUUAACGCUCAUUUGGGAAUUGAACAAUCCCGUCGUGAUGAUAUGGAAUCAUUAGGUUAUGUUAUGAUGUAUUUCAAUCGAGGAUCACUACCUUGGCAAGGAUUGAAAGCAACAAACAAGAAACAGAAAUAUGAGAAAAUAUCCGAAAAGAAAAUGUCAACACCCAUCGAAGUACUUUGUAAAGGUUUCCCAGCCGAAUUUGCAAUGUAUCUCAACUACUGUCGAAGCUUACGAUUCGAGGAGAGUCCCGAUUACAUGUACUUGCGGCAAUUAUUUAGAAUUUUAUUCAGAACACUUAAUCAUCAAUACGAUUACACGUUUGAUUGGACAAUGCUUAAACAGCGUUCAUUGCAGCAGCCAGGUGGAAUGGGAGCAAUUACAGGACAUCCAGGAGCAACAACAGGAAAUGACGACAGCGAUAGACGCAAUAAAGAGAAACAACCAAGUGAAACGGAACUAAAAUAAGAGAAUUAAAAAAAUGAAUGAAUUUUUUUGUGAAAAGGACACUCACAUACAUACACACACACACAACAAAAAUGCAUACAUACACGAAAAAAUAAAAAAAUAUUAAAAAUAUAAUAUGAAUAUUGGGAAGGUCCUUUUCAAAAUUGAUCAUCGACUUGAUUUUUAAAAAAUUUCAAGAACUUUUUUUGCGUAACAUUUGGUUCCAUAUUACAUUUCACUUUCAUCAAUUCUUUUUUAUUAUGAUACAUAUAGAGAUACAUAUUAUACGCCUAAUUUUUUUAUUUCAAAAAUUUUUUUUGAUGCUGUAAAUCACUUAGAA